AGUAGUUAGGAGCCGACUCGGAGCCGCGGGCCGAUGUCCACUCAGACUCUUGCUCGCCCGACGCCGACGCCGACGUCUACCAGUCUCCGCGGGCCGUGUUGGCGAGCGCUGCAUGCUGGCGUUGCUCGCGUUGCUCGGGGCUGCAGUCGCGGGCCCCUGCUUUACGCCGCGUACCCUCGCGCCGACCCGACACAAAUCGCGAUGGAGUGGGUCUCGGAAUCAGAAAGGUCAUGGCGAGCAGUCAAGCUCGACUUGUGUUGUCGAGAGGCGCCAUGCAUCCGUGGUGAUGGCCGAUGUGCGGCCUUUCGGCGUGCGCCACGACCAUUUUAGGCGGGCUCGCUCCGAGCAUUGCCGCAUGGCGACCACUCGUUGCUCUCCGUCGCCCACCCACUGAUGGCGCUCAGAUAGAGGUUGCAAAAUAUAUAUAAGACCCUCGCAUGAGUGCACCUCAAGACAUGUUCGCCGAUGAUCGUUGGCUCACUCGAA